AUGAGGUUAACAACAGACCUCAUCAACAAUUCCCUGUCCUUCAUCAACUGUCUCACGGAGCGUGAACUCGAUCUGCGAGGUCACAAGAUUUCCGCGAUUGAGAACAUGGGAGCAGCGCGAGACAACGACGCCAUAGAUCUCACCGACAACGACAUCGCACAGCUCGGCAACUUCCCUCUUCAACCUCGUCUCCGAACGCUCUUCCUUGCGCAAAACCGCAUCUCCAACAUCCAACCCAACCUCUCGUCGAGCAUACCGAACCUGCGCACACUGGUCCUUACCAAGAACAGGAUCGCAGAGCUGGCCGACUUGGAUCCGCUGGCGGGUUUUAAGCAACUUGUAUACCUGUCAUUGAUGGGAAACCCUGUCACAAGCAAAGAGAACUACCGGUAUUGGGUCAUCUGGCGCUGUCCGACUGUGCGCUUCCUAGAUUUCAGCAAGGUGCGGGAUAUUGAGCGAAAGAAGGCCAAGGAACUGUUCGGAACUGUCGAGGAGCCUACAGAACUUGCAAACCAGAUUUCGAGCAACAAGUCCAAGGGCUUCGUCGUCCCCUCGUACGCGAACGGUGCCGACUCGGGCAAAGAGCGCAUCUACACCGACGAAGAGAAGAAGCGCAUGCGCGCUGCCAUCCUCAACGCAAGCAGCUUGGCCGAGAUGGCGAGGCUGGAGAAGGACUUUGCGGAAGGUCGGAUACCAGCACAUAUCCUCGAGGGAGGAGAACCCAUGGAGACAUAG